CUCCCGAGUCAAUCAUUCAUCCGUCCUCUUCCUUCCUUGCUCCUUCUCCUCUCCUCUCCAAAGAAACCAAAUCCAAAUCUUUUGGCUCGGCCGUCGAUCAAUCGACCGGCGAUGGCUCGUGGCCGGUCCGGGAGGAACGGCGCCGGCGGCGGAGGUUGCGCGGGCUGCUUCCUUGGUUUCCUGCUCAAGUUCCUCGCCUUCCUCCAGGCCUUCGCCGCCGUCUCCGCCGUCCUCUACGGCGCCUGGAUCGUCUCCCGCUGGGCGCGCCACCACGAGCUACACCUCGACCACCUCCUCCCCGACCUCUGGUUCGCGUGCGCCGUCAUGGCGGCCGGCCUCCUCUACUGCGCCAUCCUCCUCGCCGGGUACAUCGCCGCCGAGAUCAGCAGCGGGUGCUGCCUCUGCUUCUACACCGUCUUGGCAAUGGCGAUGCUGCUGCUCGAGGCUUCCGUGGCCGGCCAUCUCCUCCUCAACGAGCACUGGAUGCAGGAUCUGCCAUAUGACCGCACCGGAGAGCUCAACAACCUCGUCUCGUUCGUGCAGAACAACCUUGACCUCUGCAAAUGGACUGCUCUUGCUACUCUCGCCACACAGGCACUUUCUCUUCUCUUGGCGAUGGUUCUACGAGCCAUGGUUUCGACCUCGCGUGAUGACUACGACAGUGACGAAGAUUUUGUGGUCAUAAGGAGGCCGCUUCUUGUAGCCCAAGGCGCUCCGUCCUAUCUCCCAACCACCGCCGACCCUAGAGGUGUCCAUCCUCAACUAUGGAGCUCAUCUAUGAGGCAAAAGUACGGACUCAACUCCUCGAGCGGCUACACCUACAACACACUGGAUCAUCAAAACGCAGCACCACCGCAGUGAGAAGCUGCACCCUCCACAGAUGAUGUUGGAAGCACCUAACUAGUACAUAUAUCUUGUAAUAUUCCAUGGUGUAAUGCAUAGUAUAGAGAGUGAGUGGUGUAUUCAUUCGAUUGUACAUACAUAGUUGUCUCAUGCAUCUGUACUAAAGAACCGCCCAAACGAAGAUAACCAGAUACUGGAAAUUGCGUGUAUUGUA